AUGCUCCCCCUCCUCACACUUCUCACUGCUCUUCUCGCGCCGACCGCGCUUGCCCUGAACUGGGGCGACCAGUGCUCCGUCGACGGGUACUGCGACAGCACGUCGCGCUGCGCCGACGUCGGCGGGUACUCGUACCCCGGCGCGUGCCCCGACCUGCCGGACGACAUCCGCUGCUGCACAAAGUGGGGGUGCAUGCAUCCGUCCGCGUGCCCGGUCGGCGUCGAGUACGGCCAGUGCCCAGGCGGCUGGGACAGCGUCUACUGUCCCGGCUAUCGCGCGUGGUGUGGCCCGCCGGAGAUCUGCGUGCCGACCAACGGCAACGAGGCGACCGUGCUGGAUGGGUUCUGUCCCGGUGGCGAGGAUAACAAGCUCUGCAGGUUCAAGUUUUCGGGGUAG